GCACUCGCUCGCGCUCCCCCCCCAUUCGCGCACACACAUGGUCGGCUCGCGGCAAAGUUUCGCCUGCGGCCGCCACUCCAGAAUCCUGCCGCAGUGCUCCGGGCUGUAACCUUGAACUUUCCCAGCGCGGUGACACAUUCUCCUCUCUCUCCUCCCGCCCGCCCUCUUGCGCCCCCCUCCCCGCCUUUUUUGAAAAAGCAUUUCACCGCCACCACCACCACCCCGAUCCAACCCACUCCGAACCUUCGCGCACCCCCAAGCCCCCGUCCAUACCACCACCACCACCAGCACCGCACAACAGAAAGCAAACCCCAAACCCAGGCGAAAAGCAGCCGGCAGCGGCGGCGGCGGCGGCUCGGCGGGCAGGGCCGGUGCGCGCGGACGGCAGGAGGGCUCGAGGUGUAGAUUGGAUUUCACCCCGGGAAACGCAGCGCGCCCAGCGGACUCGAAGCUUGGCUAUUUAAGGAGGACUGGGUCUGAGGUGAAGUUACGAGGAUCCGGCGCUGUACCCCGUCCUGAUUGAUCUGCACCGCGGGGCUCCCAUGACUGUAAAAUGAAUAGAUGAAAUUCUCGCUUCUGGAAGAUUUUCGUGGGCAUCUCCAGGAAAGUGUGUUUUAAGGCGAAGUCAUGAUGUAUUCUCCCAUCUGUCUCACUCAGGAUGAAUUUCACCCAUUCAUUGAGGCACUUCUUCCACAUGUCCGUGCAAUCGCCUAUACUUGGUUUAACCUACAGGCUCGAAAACGCAAGUACUUUAAAAAGCAUGAGAAGCGAAUGUCAAAGGAUGAAGAAAGAGCAGUCAAAGAUGAGCUUCUCAGUGAAAAGCCUGAAAUCAAACAGAAGUGGGCAUCCAGGCUCCUGGCCAAACUGCGCAAAGAUAUCCGCCAGGAGUACCGGGAGGACUUUGUGCUCACCGUCACUGGCAAGAAGCACCCCUGCUGUGUCUUAUCCAAUCCCGACCAGAAGGGUAAGAUUAGGAGAAUCGACUGCCUGCGACAGGCAGACAAAGUCUGGCGUCUGGAUCUAGUCAUGGUGAUCCUGUUCAAAGGCAUCCCCUUGGAAAGUACCGAUGGAGAGCGGCUCAUGAAGUCCCCACAUUGCACAAACCCAGCACUUUGUGUCCAGCCACAUCACAUCACAGUAUCAGUUAAGGAGCUUGAUUUGUUUUUGGCAUACUACGUGCAGGAGCAAGAUUCUGGACAAUCAGGAAGUCCCAGCCACAAUGAUCCUGCCAAGAAUCCUCCAGGAUACCUUGAGGAUAGUUUUGUGAAGUCUGGAGUCUUCAAUGUAUCAGAACUUGUGAGGGUAUCCAGAACGCCCAUAACCCAGGGAACUGGAGUCAACUUCCCAAUUGGAGAAAUCCCGAGCCAACCAUACUACCAUGACAUGAACUCGGGGGUCAAUCUUCAAAGGUCGCUGUCUUCUCCACCAAGCAGCAAAAGACCCAAAACUAUAUCCAUAGAUGAAAAUAUGGAACCAAGUCCGACAGGAGACUUUUAUCCCUCUCCAAAUUCACCAGCUGCUGGAAGUAGAACAUGGCAUGAAAGAGAUCAAGAUAUGUCUUCUCCGACUACUAUGAAGAAGCCGGAAAAGCCAUUGUUCAGCUCUACAUCUCCACAGGAUUCUUCCCCGAGACUGAGCACUUUCCCCCAGCACCAUCAUCCUGGAAUCCCCGGAGUCGCACACAGUGUCAUCUCAACUCGAACUCCACCUCCGCCCUCACCGUUGCCAUUUCCAACACAAGCUAUCCUUCCUCCAGCCCCGUCGAGCUACUUUUCUCAUCCAACAAUCAGAUAUCCUCCCCACCUGAAUCCUCAGGAGACUCUGAAGAACUAUGUACCUUCUUAUGACCCAUCCAGCCCACAAACCAGCCAGUCCUGGUACCUGGGCUAGCUUGGUUCCCUUCCAAGUGUCAAACAGGACACCCAUCCUACCGGCAAAUGUCCAAAAUUACGGUUUGAACAUAAUCGGAGAGCCUUUCCUUCAAGCAGAAACGAGCAACUGAGGGAAAACAAAAUUACAAUAGUUUCAGAAAAUUUAAGAAAAAAAAAACAAAACAAAACAAAAAAAGGAACCGAGGAAGCCUGGACAACAAAACAAAACAAAAGGAGAAAGGAAAGAAACUGAAGAAAGAAGAUAACAGAGCAGCAAUUGCAGCACUUACAAUCACUAAUUCCCUUCAGGUUGAGACUGUAACGACAUAAAAAGGGUCGAUGCUAUUUCACUGAUGGUAAAUCGCAGAUCGCAGCCCCUGCAACGUAGCCUUUGUUACAUGAAGUCCGCUGGGAAAUAGAUGUUCUGUCUCUAUGACAAUAUAUUUUAACUGACUUUCUAGAUGCCUUAAUAUUUGCAUGAUAAGCUAGUUUUAUUGGUUUAGUAUUCUUGUUGUUUACGCAUGGAAUCACUAUUCCUGGUUAUCUCACCAACAAAGGCUAGGAGGAGGCGUCAGAGGUGCUGGGUGACAGAGCCAUGAGCCAGCCAUUUUAUAAGCACUCUGAUUUCUAAAAGUUAAAAUAUAUAUAUAUAUAUAUAUAUAUAUACAUAUAUAUAUAUAUAAAAAUCUCUGUAGCCUUUAGUUAUCAGUACAGACCUAUUAAAUUUUGGCCCUUAACCCAGCCUUUUCCAGUGUGUAACCCAGUUUGAAAUCUUAAAAAAAAUUUCAAAAAAAAAAAAAAAAAGGAAAAAGAAAAAAGGAAAAAAAAAAACAGUUUGAACACAAAGGCUCUAUGGAAGAAAUGCCUCUAUGUAGGUGAAGUGUUAUCUCUGCAUGCAACAGUAAAAAUUAAUAUAAUAUUUUCCCCACAAAAGAAACACUUAACAGAGGCAAGUGCAAUUUAUAAAUUUAUAUCUAAAGGGGAAUCAUGAUUAUAAGUCCUUCAGCCCUUGGACUCUAAAUUGAGGGGAUUAAAAAGAAUUUAAAAUAAUUUUGAACGAAUUUAUUUUCCCCUCAGUUUUUGAGGGCACUGAAAAGGCAUUAAAUCAAGACAAAUCAUGUGCUUGAGAAAAAAAAAAUUAAUGAAAACACAGCACUUAUGUUGGUUUAGCUGCAGCCUCCUCGGAGGUAGAAUUUAUUUAUUUAAAAUUACUGGUUGCAUCAAGAACCCAUAGGGUGUACAAAAGGUUCUAUAAAAUCUGCAUCAUAGAGACAAAGAGGCAGGCAAUCCAUGGCACGAGGGAAAAGCUUAUAGUUUACAAACUGGGAAUACCAGGGUGUAGGAUAUAAAAAUGCACUCUUGAGCAAACACGUGUCAUCAGGGUGCUGCAAACUUGCAUGGUGCUUUCAGACGUUAGCCUUGUUCAACACAUUCUUGCAUUGACAGAUCCGUAGUGUGCAUGGGCAGACACAUGUUGCCUCAAUGUCUCUUAAAAUUUUUAAUUAAAAAUACUCUUUCCAGUAAUCCUAAUUUGCACGAAGAUAUAAUGUCCACAUUACGUGCCUUGCCUUGAAAUU